AUGGCAUCCAAGGGCCAGCCAGGCGGCGCCAAGCCCGUUUACGGCAGAACGUUGGCGGGCAAGAUCUUAUGGCUGCCCAAAAAGGAGGAGAUCAGCCCUUCACUUGACACCGAUCUGCCACCCGGGGUCUAUAAUCACCCUGUGUUGAUUAUGUCCCAUGCACCUCGCGACGAUGGCACUAUGACUUCGGCCAACGGUAGAAACAUCACGGAGGACAUGGCCUUCCACUGGAAGUUUCGUGAGAAGUAUCUACCCGUCGCCCCGACGCCUCCCCACGCAGACUUGGGCCUACAGCUCCAUUUGGCGGGACCUAGCCCAAGCAACAAAGCCUACAGACCGGCAUACGUGAUGUUACAAGGAGGACCUUACACAAUCCACCGCGACGUGCUGAGAGCGCAUCAAGGCACCAGUCUGAGUUCGAAGUCGUUCGGUAUCCUCGUCACGGAGAUGGGCUACACAGAGGAAGAAGAUUACUUGAGGGAGCAGCGGGCUAUUGAGAGAAAGAAGCGGAAGAUCGAGAAAGAUGCAGAGAAGGAGAAGCGCAGGGCCCUCUGGGACCAGAGAGAGGCAGAGCGUCAAGAGAAGAAGGAGCAACGACAGGUGGCCAAGAAGGAGAAGGCCGACGAGCGGAUGGCCAUCAAGAUUCAAAGGAUGGCAGUUAAGGAGAGGGAGAUGGCUAAGGCGAACACCAAGUUGGACAAGGGCUUCUUCUGUCUGAUGGCCAGCAUUCUCGUGGCCAUUCUUUGUGGGGAGGCUUUGCUCUGGUAUGGCUUUUGGUUGGUGUUCGGCUUUUGGUAG